CGAUGAAAUGAGGACCUAUAUGAAAUUCCCUUCUUUCGAUCGUUACUUCUCAGUUUUCACGUUUCCUUCCAAGCUCUGCGUUCGGACCUGGAUGAUCUUUCUCCUCUCUGUUACUUUUAUCUCUUCUUCUCUCCCGACCUAAUUUUGAUAGAAGUACAAGGAUUUUGAAAACCAUGGUGGCCUCGGCUUCAAGGUCCGAUGGAUUGGAGGAGACUUCUCCUGACUUGUUGAAGAAUACGCCAUCGAAUAUAAGGAGGCUAGCAGAUGAGAUUGAGCAGUGCGAGGGUAGGAAGAAGUACCUUGCUCAGACAGCAAGUCCAUCCGACGGCGGUGAUGUCAGGUGGUACUUCUGCAAGGUUUCUUUAGCAUUAAAUGAACCUGCUGCUGCUGUUCCUCGCACACCAAUAGUUGGGCACGGUGAUUAUUUUAGAUUUGGCAUGAGAGAUUCUCUAGCUAUUGAAGCUUCAUUUUUGCAGAGCGAAGAAGAGUUGCUGUCUUCAUGGUGGAGAGAGUAUGCAGAGUGUAGUGAAGGCCCAAGCAAACAGCCUAGUAAACUAAGUUCAAUGUUAAUCGAAUCUUUUCUCGAAAACUCUGAGUCAACAAAACUAUAUGCAGCAGAAGAAGAGAGAGUGGGUGUUCCGGUAAAGGGUGGUUUGUAUGAGGUAGAUUUGGCAAACAGACACUGUUUUCCUGUGUACUGGAAUGGAGAAAACCGGCGUGUAUUGAGAGGUCAUUGGUUUGCGUGUAAGGGAGGUCUUGAUUGGCUUCCGCUCCGGGAAGAUUUUUCUGAGCAAUUGGAGUAUGCAUACCGCUGUAAGGUUUGGCACCGCAGAAGCUUUCAACCAUCUGGACUCUAUGCGGCUCGAGUUGAUCUUCAAGGCUUUUCUCCAGGAUUACAUGCCCUCUUUACAGGAGAAGAUGAUACAUGGGAAGGGUGGCUGAAUUUUGAUGCAUCUGGUUUAUCAAGCAUUUUUCGUUUUGGAGGGAAAAACAUCAAGUUAAGACGUGGAUAUGCCCCAUCACAGUCUAUGAAACCCACCCAAGAUGAGUUACGUCAGAAGAGGGAGGAGGAAAUGGAUGAUUAUUGUUCACAGGUACCAGUUCGUCAUUUAGUAUUCAUGGUGCAUGGGAUUGGGCAGAGGCUGGAGAAAUCUAACCUUGUGGAUGAUGUUGGAGAUUUCCGUCAUGUUACAGCAAGCCUUGCUGAAAGGCACUUAAGUGUAUACCAACUUAGCAAACAACGAGUCAUCUAUAUUCCAUGUCAAUGGAGAAAAGGCUUAAAACUUAGUAGUGAGGGUGCAGUGGAGAAGUGCACAUUAGAUGGUGUCCGUGGGUUUCGUACAAUGUUGAGUGCAACAGUACACGAUGUAUUAUACUAUAUGAGCCCCAUAUACUGCCAGGCUAUCAUUGACUCGGUUUCCAACCAAUUAAAUAGGUUGUAUUUAAAGUUCAUCAAGAGGAAUCCUGGCUACGAUGGAAAGGUUUCCAUUUAUGGUCAUUCACUUGGGAGUGUUCUAUCAUAUGAUAUUUUGUGCCACCAAAAGAUAUUGUCGUCUCCAUUUCCUAUGGAGUGGAUGUACAAGGAAGAAAAUGAGAAGAAACCGUCAUGGCACGACACAAACAUAGUAUCUCUGGAACAGACUGCUGCCUCAUUGAAUGAUGAUUGUCUUUCUAGUGGCAGAAGCAAGAACAUUCUGAAUAUUCUUAACAAUGAUAAUGCCAAUGUAGAUCAAUGUUCUUCAGAACUAGUGGAAGAUAGUUCUGAAUUCAGUUGUCAUUCAAUCACUCCACUUGCAUUGUCAGAGUCAGAUGAAGCUGAUGUCAGCAAUUUUAGUAACAAGAUACCUAGUGAUGGGAUUGAUUUAGGCUCCAUUGAACGAGGCACGACUUGUGAUGCUCAGUUAGCAGAAUGCAGAGUUACUGGGUCUGAUCUAUCAAAAAUUGGAGGCACAGAAAGUGAUAAAGAAAAAACAAUCAGAUCACUGAGGGAAGAGAUUGAUUUGCUAACAGCCAAAAUCAGAGAAUUAGAAUGUCAGCGUGUACCCCAAGGGAAUGAUGAGAGCAAAACAGAUAAAAUGAAUCCAUAUACACCUGCAAAUGCAAAUGUGUUGUCAGAGCGAUGUGAUUUACAUAAGAAUUUUACUCCUCACAUAAAAUACACGAAGUUGGCUUUCAAGGUUGAUACAUUUUUUGCCGUCGGUUCUCCUCUUGGAGUUUUUCUUUCUCUCCGCAAUGUUCGCAUUGGAAUUGGCCAAGGGAAAACUUAUUGGGAAGAAGAAAAUAUUAAUGAAGAGAUGCCAGCUUGUAGACAAAUGUUCAACAUAUUUCACCCUUUUGAUCCUGUGGCAUACAGAAUAGAACCACUUGUUUGUAAAGAAUAUGUGAACAAACGACCAAUCAUUAUUCCUUACCAUAGAGGUGGAAAGCGACUUCAUAUUCAAAUUCAGGAAUUUACUGAAGGAGUGGCUUCAAGAUCACAUGCUCUUUUGAAUCACAUAAGCUCUGCAGGGGUGAGAAAAAUUUGAAUUUCGCUCACCAUUAAUUCAGUACUUCCUAGCUAUUUCAUCAUUUGCACAGCUCAACAGUACAUAUUAGUAAGCUCAACUGGGUUACUUGCAAUAAAUACUGAAUGAAGUUCGCUCGAUAUAAAAGAAAUAGUUUUUAGGAUAAUGAGGAGGGGUUUUGCUUUCAAAUGAACACAGUUUCCUGGUAAAGAGUAUGAUAUUCAUGUUGUGUAAAAGGCAGGGGGGAAAUUCUAAAUGAGUGAGGAAAAGAUGUAAAUUCAUAAUUGUUGGUUACUUGGAUUCAGCAGACCUAUUGGUUGAAUAUAGUACACCUUAUCUAGCAUAAAAUCAUCACAUACUUAGUACCCCUCCAGCAUGUAAAAGCAUCAUGCACACACAACAUGCCACAAAUACAUAAUCCACUUAGGGAAAUGAUGCAAGAAAGUGGGUCAAUAAAGGGGGCAACAGCCAAGAUAAUAUCACUAUCCUAAGUUCGCAGGAAUCGCAGUGCAAUGCAACUCAGCUCCCCACAUAUGCUUAAAUAAUGAUGUUAAAUGAACUAUACUUUUGGUAUCUUGAUGGAAUGUGGUGCAAUCUAUUGCCAAUUCUGUUAGUCCAGGUAUAUUUUUUGAGUUCGAUUGCUGUAGUCGUGCAUAUCUUGCAUUCUUUCUGUCCCACUAUUUUUGGGACAUGAGGGAGUGGCACAAGAUUUAAGAAAAGUAGGAUUUUGGGGUUGACAUUUAUCUUAAAAAGCAAGAAAAUGUAAGAUAAGGAGUGAAUGUGAACCACACAAAUAUGACCACUCAGACCUCGACGGAGUUGGUAUUGUAAUGGGAUGUUAUUUAGUUGUCAUUUCAAGGUUGAAAGCUUUUAAGUAAUUGAAUAGUAUAUCUGCCACCUCUGUUUUAGCUGAUCCCAUGAAAUGCAAUCAUUACUUGUACCCUCCAGCCUAGUGCUCCACCAAUACCCAGACACCAUUGAUUCCGUCUCCUUGAGUUUAUUGCGAUUAACUUAACUAGCUUUUGUUAUGCUUCACCUUCCAUCCGUUCAUUUAUCUCUGUAUAUUGUCCUUAAUAAUUUCAAAACCCUCCACUAAAUAAGCCCUACAACUUAUGCUAGUCCGGCUCCUCUGCGUUAUUCUUCCUCAUUGACUUGUUAAACUUGAGAUAUAUAUUCCGGUGUUUCAUUGCUCACUUUCUUACUGAGAACAAUUGCAGGUGUCUCAUACUUCUCCUGUUCAGUAAUUUUGUUCCAUCUUUCCUAUUUGGGUUUUUCCAAAAUUUUGUUCCAAUUACUUUUUUAGAAAAUAUUUUGUGGUACAUAUUGUUUCUCCCAGUCUCUCCUUUUAAAAAAAUUAAACCAUACAACUUUCAUUUCAUUAAAAAGCGUGUCAAGUCGAAUUAGGACCUAAGUUGUGGGAUAAAGGGAGUAAUUAAUUUCUAGGCCCGAGACCAUAGAAACCUUUGUAACAGUUUUUAGAAUACAUUUAUUUCUUAAUGAAAUAAAUACUAAUGUUUUUUGCUCAUUGAAUUAAUAUUUCCUUUCACAGUGUUUAACUAGUGACAACGUUUUUAUUUCUUAUGAGCUUAAUUAUUUUAUGAAGUAUUACAUGGGGGAAAGCCAGAUAGGAUGUUUUUUUUGUCAGUUGGACUGGACAUGUGUGAAACCUACAAUAGAGUUGAGAGAAUUUUCAUUGAAAAGAUUUUGCUUAACUUUGUGCUCCUUAAGUAGGUUAAGGUGCUCAAACUCUGUGAAUCAAGAGAAAUUACUGACGAGGAAGAAGGAACUCAUGAAACUGAACUGAAAAGAGAUAGGUCAUAUGGCUCAAUAAUGAUGGAGAAAUUGACUGGAAGUGAAUAUGGUCAAAUCGAUCAUGUUUUGCAAGACAAAACAUUUCGCCAUCCUUACAUAUCUGCCAUUGGAUCACAUACGAAUUACUGGAGAGAUCCUGAUACUGCACUUUUCAUCCUAAAACAUUUAUACCGGGACAUUCCAGAUGAUCAUUCACCAGCUGAGUCUCACGAUAGUGACUCAAAACAUGGGAGCAAUGAAGGUUACAGGUACGAUCCAAACGAAGAGGAUGCUUAUGAAGAAGAAACUCCCUUAACUUUUGCGGACAAAGUCUUUUUGGAGAGAUUUAAACGUAGAGCACGGAUCAUUCAACCCUGAUCUUCAGUUAUCGUUUUCAAGAUCAUUUGACAGAUAGAAAAGAAAAUAUGAAAAGGUUCCACGAGGAAACUUUGAAAUAAUUCCUGGUUGAUGUGUCCUAUCACGGGGAAAAGGGGACUGGUACUACUGUAUGUAUUUAGAGUCUGUUUUAGAGCAAGCUGUGAGUGCUUAGAAAACAUGUUAUAAAAAUCAUUUAGAAUGAUAAAGACAAAGAACUAAGAACAACAUGAUUCAUCUUUAAGUCCAUCUCAAAGUGAUACUUGUAUGUUCUAUAGAUUGUAAAAAUUAUUUAUACUGUCCAAAAUAUGAAACAUACAAGUGUGAAAAUGAAUUUACAAUCUGCAG